GGGCAUUGGCUGGCUGGACGCGGAAAGACCUGUGCGGCGAGCUGGGCUUCUCCCGGGUCACCUGGGUCCGAAUUCAGUUCAACAGUUGUCACCUCGCGACUCCUGCUCUGUGCAGCCCCUGUGCUCGCUGCAGGACUCAGAGGAACCAGGCACCAUUUUGAGGUGCACUGGGAGCCGCCGACUCCAUGGGGGACACAGGAGGAGUCAAAGUCUUAAUUUUAUUUGGGCCUUAAAAGAGCCCAAAUCACUGCCCGAAAAAAGGACCUGGAAGCGCGAAUGUCACACGAGCAAAGGUGUAUUCGGGUCUUUGUGUCUGAGCAAAGAUUGUGACCAUGGCUGCUGAGUCUGAUGUUCUGCACUUCCAGUUUGAACAGCAAGGAGAUGUAGUCUUGCAGAAAAUGAAUCUCUUGAGACAGCAGAAUUUAUUUUGUGAUGUGUCGAUUUAUAUCAAUGACACAGAAUUCCAGGGGCACAAGGUGAUUUUAGCUGCUUGCUCCACUUUCAUGAGAGAUCAGUUUCUACUCACGCAGUCGAAACAUGUCAGAAUCACCAUCUUGCAGAGUGCAGAAGUUGGCAGAAAAUUGUUGCUCUCUUGCUAUACUGGAGCACUUGAAGUUAAAAGGAAAGAACUUUUGAAAUAUUUGACUGCUGCUAGUUAUCUUCAGAUGGUUCACAUUGUGGAAAAAUGCACAGAAGCUUUGUCAAAGUAUCUGGAGAUUGAUCUUUCUAUGAAAAACAAUCAACAUGCUGACCUCUGUCAAUCCUCUGAUCUCGAUGUUAAGAAUGAAGAAGAAAAUUCAGAUAAAGACUGUGAGAUAAUUGAAAUUUCAGAAGAUAGUCCUGUAAACAUAGAUUUCCACGUUAAAGAAGAGGAAAGCAGUGCUUUGCAGUCUACAGUGGAGAGCUUGACAUCAGAGAGAAAGGAGAUGAAGUCACCAGAGCUGUCAUCCGUAGAUAUAGGUUUUAAAGACAAUGAAAUUUGUAUCCUCCAUGUGGAGUCUAUCAGCACCGCUGGUGUAGAAAAUGGGCAGUUUUCACAGCCUUGUACCUCUUCCAAAGCAAGCAUGUAUUUUUCUGAAACACAGCAUUCAUUGAUCAAUUCCACGGUUGAGAGCAGAAUGGCAGAAGUCCCUGGGAAUCAAGAUCAGGGUUUAUUUUGUGAAAACACUGAAGGAGGUCAUGGUGCGGUAAACGAGCUUCAGAAUCUGGAGGAUGCUUACUCGCUCAGACACCAGUGCCCCAGGUGUCCUCGAGGAUUUCUGCACGUGGAAAACUAUCUGCGCCACCUGAAGAUGCAUAAACUGUUCUUGUGCUUGCAGUGCGGAAAAACAUUUACACAGAAGAAAAACCUCAACCGGCACAUUCGAGGGCACAUGGGUAUCCGGCCCUUUCAGUGUACUGUGUGCUUGAAGACAUUUACUGCUAAAAGCACACUUCAGGACCACUUGAACAUACACAGUGGGGACCGACCAUACAAAUGCCACUGCUGUGACAUGGAUUUCAAGCACAAAUCUGCCCUCAAAAAGCACUUAACCUCUGUCCAUGGCAGAAGUAGUGCUGAAAAACUACCAAGGCAUGAUCUCAAAAGGCAAAAUCUAUUAUAAUUAGAAUCACACCUUGCUGUGUAAGUCUUAUAGCAUUCUGUUAGGCAAAUCUUUCUUUAGAAAUGCAGCAUUUGUAAUAUUGCAUUUCCCCUCAUCCCCCAGCUUUGGGUCUUAUUUUUGGUAUACCCACAAGUUAUUCUUUCUGAACUUCUACUACCAGUUCCGAAGUUGGGGGAGACAUAAGGCUGAUGGGAUUCUGUCUCAUCCCCUGCGUUAUGUGUAAGUCCAAGGGGUAUACCUAGAGAAAUGUUUCUCGCCUAAAUAUUUUUGAAUCUAGUGAAAAAGGAUCCAGCAGUAUUUCCAGAUUCUGUUUUGAGUCUAGACUGAUAGAAGUGUAAAGUGUAACCAUAUCCUAAUUAGUGAAUCAGGAUGAGAAACUAAAUUUUAAAACACUGUUGGCCAUUAUUAGUCACUUUAGAAACAGGUGGUCUAAUGGAUAUUUUUUUAACUGUUACUGGAUUCGGAAGCAAACAUCAAGAUACCAGUUGUUUUAAAUUGCUAAGAAACACAGUUCAAAUUCACUUGGGAGUUUUCUCAUCUUUGGGCCAAUAUUCCUUAAAAUUUUCAUUAGUUGUUUGCAAACAUAUUUUGGAAACAAAUGAUUGGACCCACAUUUCUUGAUUUUAUUUAGUACAAUUUCAUUUAAUAAUUUUGUGUCCAAUAAAAUUAUGUCAUUGGCAUACAGCUCUGAAAAAUGACUUCUUACGAAUCCCAAUUUUACCAAAGAUUUUUGUCAUACUGUUCACUUUUUAAAAAAAUUAUUUUACUUUUUAGUUAAUAUCUAGUAAAAUUGACCUUGUUUUGAGUGUACAGUUCUGUGAAUGUUAAUACAUGUAUAGAUUUAUGCAGUCACCACUGCAGUCAAGAUAGAGAACAUUCCACCACCUUCUAAAACAAAAACUUCAUGGUACCUCUUUGCAGUCAACUCCUCCUUACUUAAACCCUGGCAAGAGUUCUUCAUUGUUAUAAUUUUGCCUUUUGUGCACUGUCAUAAGUAGAAUCUUAAAUAGUGUGUUCCCUUUCAAGAAGCUUUUUUUUCUCCCAGUAUAAUGCCUUUGGGAUUUGACCAUUUUGUGGUAUAUAUCAGUAGUUCAUUCCCUUUUUCAUUUUGAAUUGGCAAUGUCUGUUGAUUUUCUUGUCACUAGAUGAACAGUUUAAAAAUAGGAAGUUAUUAGCUUUUUCUUACUUAUUAAGAGCUUUUUUCAUUUGUAUUAACACAGCUUUCAUUUCCUAGUUUGUUAACAAAAAUCCUAGUUUCCCCUGGAGUUACAUUCUGUGUUUCCAGAAAUGUGCCAAAAGCAAAACCAUGAUUGAUGGUUAUUUUAAUGAGAGUACUAUUUCAGAUUGUGUUAUGAGCCGUGCUCUCUAAUGUCUCUGUCUGCAUAUAAACCAAAACUUUGGUUAUUGUCGUAACAGAAAUUGUUAUAUAUUGCAGGGCAAAUUCUAUUCUCCAAAACGCAGAAACAGUUAGUAAAGAAGCCACACUGGAUGCAUGUUACUUUCAAGACACUCUGUUUCUCCUCUGCUCACCUCUGCUCUAUGUAGAAUUUCUGCUGUGUUUGUUUCUCUUGAAGCACUUCCCUAUUUUCAAAUAUAGUAAGACUUUGUACCAUUUAUAAGAAUUUUGUGAUGAAUCACACAUUGUUAUAAAUGUUAAAUAUUCUUUUUGUGAUACUUUUGUGUACAAUAUAUUCUCCGUAGAAUUUUAACUCUGGGAGAUAUUUUAAAGAAUCAGCUCUCAUAUUUAGUAAGAAAAAUGUCUUCAUAACCGGAGUUAGUGACAUUGGGCAGGUCACCUCUCCUUGAUCUUCUUAUAAAUUUAUAUUUAAAAUAAAAACUUUGAUCUUGAUAAUUUGUAAACUCAUUUCCAGGUCUAAAAUUCUAUGAUUUUAUACUCAGAUCUUCCUGGGUUCCUAAGAACAGAGAAGAGGGGAAAGCAAGAGAGGAGAGUUUUGUAUCUUUAUGAAUGUUGCUAUUGAGUGCUCCAUUAGAGAAGGAAUUUUUCUAAAUAGUGUUUUUCUUCCAAUGGAGAAAGUGAUAGCAUUUUAUUUUAUUUUCCAUUUGACCUAUGAUUGGCCAUUUGUAGGCAUGAAAAUAUUCCCCUUUCAGAAAUAGUUUGUGAUUGAAGUACUUAUUUUUGCUUGCUAGGAUGAAAGUUCAUGGAGAAAGGGUGGGGAGGGGAGGGUAAACAAAUAGUAAUAAACUUUUUUUAGGAAUUGGUAUAUAUCUUUGAUUUUUUUUUGAAAAAAAUUAUGGUUGAACUAUGUUUAAGUAUUAUGUGUGCCUUGUCAGAUUCUUGUGAAAUUUUUCGUAAGCACUUUGAGAUUUUUGCUUGGGGGGAAGGGGUGUUUUGUGAAAGUGACAGUUGUUAUUUAUUAUUAUUUAUUCCUGUUCGGUAGCACAGAGUGAUCUCAAAACAUUCCUAGGAGAGUGUCUGUUUGCAUGAUGUGUUUAAACAAUUUCAGGAAAGUGGAAUCUUUUUUUAAUUCAAGUAAGGAAAAGUAAAGUGUCAAAUUUAUUCAUUUGUAAAGUUCACUUUGAGUUUGUGUUUCUGAUAUGAUGGGGAAAAAUGCAAUACAUUUGAGUUCAGCCUCUUCAUUUACUGCAUUUAUGUACAAAAUAUCUUGGAAAGAUAGUUGUUACUUUGGUGUAAGAAAAUCCUUACCCUUUUUCCCUUGGAUGUAACGAUCCUUUGUGUUUACAUAAGAAUAAACUGGAGAUGGGAAUUG